UUGAGGUGGUGCUCUGCUCCACGCUGCCACAAGCCACAUGUUGCGUUGCAGCAUCGUCAUCCACGCCAUAAUCCGAGACAGGCCCCCGCUUCGGAGAGAAAAGGCUGAAGCGGUGGGAAAAGGGGCCACACAGGAACUUGUCUGGACGCUUGCUCCGGCUGGUAGAUGUCGGCGAGCAUGGCGCUAGGAGCAGGUGCAGGAGGCUCAGCAGGCAUCGGCACGCCCUUGCGCUCAGCAGCCGUCUUGAUUAUGUUGGGGAGAUCCCGGAAGAGAGCCCCGCAGGACGGCAAGCUGGAAGGCGGAAGUGGAGCAGGAGCUAGUGACGCCGCCUUCUUAUCCAACUCGAAGUCAAACUCCAGGUCUUCCAGCGGGAAGAGGGGAGCCAGCAAUGGAGGGAGCAGAGUCAGAGGACUCAAGCCCUGCAUCGCCAGCAGUCCCGCCGGCGAGGUCCGCCGUGAAGCUAACUGGCUUAGCCCAGCUAGCAUCGUCAGCCUCCUCCUCCUGCAGGGCCACGAAGGCGUCGACCCGCCGUCGCUUCUCCUCCACGGGCAGCUGUGCACAGUAGGGGCACGAGGCCCGGGGAGUCAGAGCCAGGCCAGCGUGCUGGGGACCGAGGCAGGUCUCGCAGCGGGCGUGGAGAUCAAACCCCAUGAUGUAGCCGGCGUGGCAGGACGGGCAGAGGCGGACUCCUUCCGAGCGGCGGACCUUAACAGUAGAGCGGUAGGUGACCAGAUCCUGGAAGUGAAUGGUCAGAGCUUUGUCACCAUCUCCCACGAUGAGGCAGUUCACAUCCUCAAAACAGGACGCCACCUGUUGAUGAAGGUGAAGGAUGUGGGUUGUAUGCCUCAUGCACGUACAGAAGUGGAUGAGACCAAAUGGAUCUGCAGUCAGCCCAUAGCUGAGACCAACGCUACAGCUAACCCAAGUUCUGUCACCAACCCCACUGUCAAUGCUGGCAUCCUUGCUAGUGUCAGUGCUAGCACCUGCAGUACAAGACCAUCCUCAGCCAGAGCUACACCUGUAUUAGGAAAGCCAGCAGUAUACAGAGGUGUGGGCCCACCAGGUGCGCAGGUGUCUUUGGAGCAGCAGGCCUACAUGCUGCUGACGGAGCCAGAGAGGCAGACCAUGGCCUACUACAUGCAGGAGUACCAGGAAGGACAUAUAGGAGUGGAGCCGCUAGCCAUGGCUCUGUUUGAGCUCUUCAACACACAUGCAAAGGUGUCCAUGUUGUCUGAAGUGAGGAGUCUGGUGGCUCCCGAGGAUCUGGACUUGUAUGACAGGCUGGUGUUGCACCAUGAGAGGGAGGCCCACCAGGCUUGGCAUGGAAGCCUCGGAGUGCUGCAUCCACAGGGCCACUGCAACCACGAAGCACCUGUGAUCCAUGAUACAGGACACACUGUCCCUGCUAUGGAUGAAAUGCAAGCUUUAGGUGAAUCUCCUCCACCCUUCAGGGCUGCUCCUCUGCUGGCUCAGAGCAAACCAUCUAGGGAGAAGGAGCUCAGCCGGAAGCCUUCAGCCCGGCUGGUGCAGGCUGGCUCCAAUAUGCUCUUCACUGGCCCCACACAGCUGCUCCAGGACUGCCUCCACAAGUCGCUGAAAUCCCUGCCCACUACCCAUCAGCCCUCACCAUCUGCCCAACACACUUGCACCAGUGCCAUCCACCACACUUCCCUCAAUGCACUGAAUCACACCUGCCAGAGUUACCUCCAGCUCUCUGACUCUGAACACCACAACCACUUAGCUCAUUGCUUCCACCACCAUGCUUUCAACCACAGUCGGCCCAGUUCAGGACACCAUACCUGCCCAGGCUUCCUGGCCCAUCGGGACACCUCCAGCUUUGCUAAGCCAGAAGCACCUGUCAAGCUCUCUUCCAGAUCCAGCUCCUAUGAGAAAUCCUCCAUCUUGUCGAAGUCUGUGCCCUCUUCCAAAGCGGCAUCUCCCUUGCCAUCCCCUCAUCCAUCACCCCGUCCCUCACCAUGUCCCUCGCCCUGCCCCUCUCUCAUCACACCUGCUGCUCCACCCUGUAGUCCUAACCGGCCUUGCUCACCUGCUCUGAUACAGAAAGUCAUCAUAACAGAUAUGAACCGACUGUCUGCAGACUCCAGACCACAGCAAAGAGGGGCCACCCUGUCCCAACUGUCAGACAGCGGCCAGACUCUGAGUGAGGACAGCGGGGUGGAUAUAGCCGAGGCAGGAGGCCUCAGUAAAGACGGCAGCCCUCGACCCAGCAGGAACCGGCAGGGCCAUUUGGAACAGCAAGGGGCCCAUACACCUCUUCCAGGGGCCACCAGACAACAGACUGGCUCACCGGUCCCGGUGCCCACUGCAACUGUGGUACGAGUGGUGAAAAAUGCCAACACCCUUGGUAUCGCCAUAGAGGGGGGAGCCAACACACGCCAACCUUUGCCACGCAUAGUUACCAUUCAGAAAGGGGGAUCGGCUUAUAACUGUGGCCAGCUGAAGGUGGGUCAGGUCAUCUUGGAGGUCAAUGGCAUUUCCCUUAGAGGUCGGGAGCACAAGGAUGCCGCCUGGAUCAUCGCCGAGGCCUUCAAGACCAAAGAGAAGGAUCACAUUGACUUCCUGGUGGUUGAGCCAGGACUCUAGUAUGAGGACUAUUGUAUUUUAUGCAGCUUUAUUGAAUUAGACACUGUUUUACUGCUUCGAGAGAACCUCAUGAACUCCUCAUGAUGUCCUAUAACCAUGGCCCUCAUUUUAAUUUCAGGGAAAGGAUUAGUAAAAAUAUGUGUUGGGUAUUUGUUGAUUGCACUCUACUAGGAUUUGCACAAUUGAAAUUUAGAAAAGGAAAUGACAUUAAUAUUUGCCAUAAAACUAAUAUGCAAUUUUUUUGGAACAUUAUUAUUCCUAUAGAUAAGGUCCAAAAAGCUUAAAGACAGAACUUGCUACAGUUAAAUAAUUAUUUUAUUAUUCACACGUAUCACAGCCUUUGUCUGAACAUUUCAUUCUUUUGGCAAUGUUUGCCCUGUAAAAUCUGCGGACAAAUUUUCAGAUGUCAAAUGCACGAGGCUGAAGUCCAUUGAUGGCCUCACGGCAACAUGAACAACUGUUUAUCGUCGGCAUUCUAGAUGAUUCGCUCUCAUUGGUGAUAUUUUGUACUUCUUUCUACUUGUAGGGUUAGUAUAGGUUAGUCUCCUUUCUAGUGAACUAAUUUAUUUAUCAUUCAGUGAGAUUUACAAUAAAAAUAAUUUUACCUUU